AGAUGAAAUCAGGGGAAGCCAUGAAACUAGGGGUCAUUUCCAGCUUUAAAUAUCUCUCUUUGUAGAUGAGUGAUAGAGUAAGUUUUUCCCAGUUAAUCGUCUGGACCGAUUAAGAGAUUAUCAUUUGAGUGAAACGUGAGUAAGAAGAGAUCAUGGAGAUGAGAAAAUGGAUAUCUGAGAAUAAACUCACCUCAGUAGGGGCAUUGUGGACUUCAACAAUAGGGGCUUCCCUUGCUUAUAACUUCUCAAAGCCCUCCAUGAAAACCAGUCUCAAGCUUAUACACGCCAGGAUACACGCACAGGGUAUUACUCUGGCAGCACUCUCUGCAGCUGCUCUUCUUCAUCUGUAUGAACAGAAUGCCCAGCAGAAGCUCAAGCAAAACCAGGGCAUUGCUUAGCCCCUGCAUAUCUCAUCAUCAUAUGGCAUUAAUUUACUGUAGAUCCGGUUUGUUUGCCAUGUACUCUGGUGUUUCAGACCUUUUUAACUUUAUGAAUGUCAUUAGAUUUUCAUAAUCCAUUAGUCUAUAUAAAUAAUGCUUCUGGAUUUGAUUGUGUAGGAAUUUUUGUAUCAACGUUUUGGAUCACACUCUGUGAUCCAUCAUGAGAAUGAUAGUAGAGAGCAUCAGGAGAAAAGAAAAGAAAAUCUCAUCUAUGUUUCGAAUUUUUUUCUCUUGGUGCUCUCUAUUAUCAUCCUGAUGAUGGAUCAUAGAAUGUGAUCCGAAACGUUGAUGCAAAAAUUCCUACACAAUCAAUCCAGAGGCAUUAUUCAUAUAGAUUCAAAAUGGAUUCACCAGUUAUUGCCUGCAGAUAAAUCCUGUAUUUAAAUCUUUGGAGAGCUCUUAUGCUAUGUUAUUAGUCCUAUAAAUAUGUUAAUAACUUUAAUGCUCA